AUGAUGUGGCUCGACGUUGACUGGCCCACGCUGCGGGCCUGUGGCUUCGUCGAGACCGGUGACGGCUCAGAGGAGGAGCCGGAACCACCCGACAUUGCUGGCAUUCCAGCAGAGUACCGCGACUUCGCCGACGUCUUCAGCGAGAAGGAGGCGGACCGCCUGCCACCUCAUGGCGAGCGCGACCUCAAGAUCGAGCUCGAGGAGGGUGCCAAGCCGCCUCAAGGGCCCCUGUACCCUAAGGGCCCUCGGGAGCUGCAAGAGCUACGGCGCUACCUCGACGAGAUGCUUGGUAAGGGCUUCAUCCGCCCGUCGCGCAGCCCGGCGCGAUCGCCCGUCCUCUACGUGCCCAAGAAGGACGGCAGCCUCCGUCUCUGCGUCGACUACCGCGGUCUCAACAAGAUCACGGUCAAGAACCGCACGCCGUUGCCCCUCAUCGACGAGAUGCUUGGCCUGCUUCGCCGCGCAAAGGUCUACACCAAGCUGGAUCUGCGCGCGGCGUACAACCUGAUCCGCAUCGCUGCCGGUGAUGAGUGGAAGACGGCGUUUGGCACUGACUUUGGCCUGUUCGAGUAUCUGGUGAUGCCUUUUGGCCUUGCCAAUGCACCAGGGCAUUUCCAGACAGUGGUCAACACCAUCUUCAGGGACAUCCUGGGGGUGUACGUCGUCAUCUACCUCGAUGACUUCUUCAUCUUCAGUGAUAACCCGGCUGACCACACCAAGCACGUCCGCGAGGUGCUGCGGCGUCUUCGAGAGCAUCGCCUGUUCUGCAAGCUCUCCAAGUGCCAGUUCAACACCACCGAGGCGGAUUUCCUUGGCUACAUCGUCACGCCAACGGGCCUCUCCAUGGAAGCAGAGAAGACCAAGGCCAUCGCGGAGUGGCCAGAGCCCCGGUCCAUCCACGACAUCCAGGUCUUCCUAGGCUUUGCGAACUACUACCGCCGCUUCAUCCGGCACUACUCUCGCAUCGCCCGACCGCUCACAGAUCUGGUCAAGCCGGUGCAGCGUUUCCGCAAGUUCGAGCUGCCUGAGGCGGCCAAGACGGCGUUCGUCAACCUCAAGAAGGCGUUUUCCUCGGCGCCCAUCCUUCGGCAUUUCGACUACGACCUGCCGACGAGGGUGGAGACCGAUGCCAGCGACAACGCCAUCGCGGGGAUCCUGAAGCAGGAGCACGACGGCCUCUGGCACCCCGUUGCUUUCUACUCCAGGAAGAUGACAAGCGCCGAGGCCAACUACGAGAUCCACGACAAGGAGCUCCUCGCGGUCGUCGCCUCGCUCCGCCACUGGUACCAGUUCCUAGCCGGGCUGCCCAGCCGCUUCGGCGUGCUCACCGACCACGACGCGCUCAACUCGGCGGCGAGCCAGACGCCCUGA